CCAAUUAAGUGCGCAUUAUACUAAUGUGCGAAAAGUUAAAGUUGCUGCAGCGAGUAGUUCGUUUGAAUUGAUUAACAAUCGAUUUUUUAAAUAUCUGAUGAAAUCGGUAGAUUUUUGCACGUAUUGAUUCCAGUUACAGCAUGAAGGACCAUGAAGGUUGUUGUGUCCUUUUACCGACCUUGAUACAUGUUUCCUAUCAACGUUUUGGGAAAGAUGAAUUUAAUCGAUUAUAUCGCAUUUUAUGUCAUUUCAAAAAUGGUGAUUGUUAAUGGUAAAUAUUCUAAAAGUGUUUUCGAAUCAAACCAAUAGACAUACAUUAAAAUACGUAUAUUCGUAUACAUAUAUGUGUUAUUGAUUAUUGCUAGGAUUGGCUGAAAAGUGCUGACGAUAUGAGCCCACGACAUUUCUGAAGAAAGCAUUAUAAGCGUUAUUUCAAUUCUGUUAAAUUGAAGAAUAAAGUAAGUACAUAAUGUCGGAAAAAACAACAAAAACACCAGAAAGAGAUAUCAGAGGUGUUGGAUCUCCCAAAGCUAGAUUACUCAAGAACCAACGAAAUCGGAAUGAUUCAGUUGUCAGUAGAACUCGUCAUGAUUCCGUUCUCAGUGGUCGGAGUGUUGGAAGCGGGAGUCUCCAUCGUCGGUUGUCAUACAGAAGACAGUCGAGUCUUGGUCUACCUCAUUGUGACUCUUUUAAGUCCAUGAUACUUGAAGAAAAGAAAGAAAUAGAGAUAGAAAAAGAAGGAGUUCCAUGGUGGACAUCUAAACGUUUAUGUUUAUCCAUAGUAUGUUUUUGUGGAUUUUUCUGUCUUUAUGCUCAAAGGGUGAAUCUAAGUAUAGCCAUUGUCUGUAUGGUGAAAUAUGAACAUUCACCAAACAACGACCAAACAGUCGACAAUAGAUCAUCUAUAUAUAAUAUAAGUACUAAUUAUACUUCAAAUGGCGGGAGUACACUUUCCGAGGAUGAAACAAGUACAGUGAUCAUUAGAAGUACAAUAAAACAGUGUCCAGUGGCACGGUCAACAUCAAGUCUGAUGGGAGAGUUUGUUUGGGACAAAAAACUGCAAGGUUUGAUUCUUGGAGCUUUUUUCUGGGGUUACACCCUUCUACAAAUUCCUGGAGGCUGGUUGGCAGAACGAUUUGGACCUCGGCUUACUAUUUCAAUAGGAAUGAUACUAGUAUCAACACUAACACUACUUACACCUAUCUGUGCCAGAACAAGUCCAUAUCUUCUAACUGUUUGUAGGGUAUUUAUUGGUGUGGGCGAAGCAACUAUGUAUCCUGGAGCACAGGUUCUGUGGGCAAAAUGGUCUCCUCCUGAAGAAAGAAGUAGAUUAGUAGGAUUUUCAUUUGGAGGAUGCCAGCUUGGAAAUGCCCUAGCUUUUCCUAUCGGUAGUUUAUUGUGUGCCUAUGGCUUUGACGGUGGAUGGCCUUCGAUAUAUUAUGUUUUAGGUGCUGUAUCAUGUGUAUGGUGUGUUAUAUGGAUAGUUUUUGUUCGAGAUUCUCCCGAAGAAAUGCCAGGUAUAACAGAUAUAGAAAAGAAAUAUAUAUUGCAUUCCCUUGGUGACGACGAUGAUCCCGAUUAUCAGCAUCAUCAUAAGCAUUCACCAAAACCUUGGAAAAGCAUAUUGUCGUCUGGUGCUAUGUGGGCUAUACUUAUAGCUAAUGCGUGUGGGAACUAUGGUGCAUAUAUGUUGUUGACGCAAAUGCCUACAUAUAUGAAAGAAGUUUUAAAGUUUGAUAUUAAGUCGAACGGAGUAUUUUCUAUGAUACCAUACUUGUUAUUUUGGGUUUUUAUUAUAAUUGCUGGAAUUUUCGCCGAUUUCCUCAUAGCUAGAGAGAUACUUUCAAUUGGUGCUACGCGUAAACUAUGUUGUGCAAUAGGUAUGUUUGUUCCAGCUCUUUUUCUUAUAAUACUAGGAUAUAUGAACUGUUUUAAACAAACAGAAGCGGUAAUACUCCUCACAUUGUCUAUGGCAUUUUGUGGCUUUCAAUUUAGUUCCUUCUUCAUUAAUCACGGGGAUAUUGCACCGAAGUUCGCAGGAACGUUAUUUGGAAUCACCAAUAUGGGAGCUAGUGUACCUGGGAUUAUUGCUCCUUAUGUUGUAGGGGCAAUUACUCAAGAUAAAACACAAAAAGAAUGGCAGAUAGCGUUUUACAUAGCCGCUGCUGUGUAUUGUGUUGGAGCUGUUGCUUACAUUAUUUUGGCUAAAGGUGAUGUACAGGAAUGGGCGGAUAUUAAUCACAAACAAGGACAACAGUCAGAACUUCACGAAAUACAAGAAGAGGAUCAAGAGCAGGAUGAAAAAUCCAAUAAUAAGUUGUAGUUAAUACUUCGCAAAGACAGAAAGAAGACUCGAAAUGACAUAUUUGGUUUGUUAAAGUGCAGGUUCAAUUUACUCUUUUUCAGUAAUUGCAAAUUGUUUUUAAUAAAAUGAGUAACUGAU